AUGGUACCACUUCGUAAGGCCACUUCAGUCGCUUUGGAGAAGGCAUUUCGUGAACGGAUCUGGGCCCGAUUCGGCAAUCCUCGCACCCUCGUGAGCGAUAACGGUACCCAGUUCACUAGCAAGCUUUUCAAAAACUUCUGCAGAACGUCCGGAAUUAUACUCCAGCAUACCCCACAAUACCUGGAGAAUGGGCAAAACACUUGGGAUCAAUGGCUUUCAGAAAUAACACUAGCGAUCAACUCAAGCGUCAACGACACCACCGGAUUCAGUCCAGCUUACAUCAUAUUAGGUCGAGAGCCCCGUAUGCCCGGCGCUCUUUAUGACCAAGUAACGGAUGUCGGCGAUAACGAACCCCCUAGCCCUGAUGAGCGCAUCCGACGAAUGGAAGAUAUUUUCAAGCUCGUACAUAAGAAUCAACUGAACGCGACAGAAUCAAAAGAAAUACUACGACCUGAGACGACCAACGUCGUUAGACUACAAGAAGCCCAGGGGCGUGAGAGACGUACCGCCGGUCUGGCUGACUUAAAGGCCUUCAAUAGUGACGACAUCGAACCAUCAGAACUCGGUCUUUCUGAAGACAUCGGCCUCGGGAUACCUCGUACCCACGGCCCGCACGAGGCCACUGAUUAA